GUUGGGAAGAAGCAUAACAAAAAGAACAAGCGAGUGAAGCAGAGGAGCGGCAAGGGAUAUGAUUGAUGCCUAACGCGCUGGUGGAACACAAUUAUUUAUUGAGGACUGUUGAGAGUGGUCGGGUCAAAUUCCAAAAGUAGCAAUGACCCCUCUGCUAUUCGAUAAAUGCCUCGAGCCGCAUCUACGUCGUUUCUUGUUUUUUCUCUAAAUCUACCAAGCAUGGAAACACAGACACGCUCGCUAGGACCGACUCAGCCUGUACCCUCAUUUGUCUCUUCAAAGUCAGCACGUUCACAGACCUUGUCAAGAUCGGAUGUAUGCGCCAAAUUCAUUACGACUACCGCGGAUGGACGCACGGAAGGAAUAACUUUGAGUAUCGGGAAGCCAAUAACCAUUGGAAGGAACCCUUCUCUUUGCUCGUACGUGAUACCAGAUAUCGUGGUGUCCAGCGUACAUUGCAAGAUACACGCGGUCCAGUCUAGCACCGGAGGAAUCAUUGUAUCAUGCCAGGACUUGUCGACAAAUGGACUCAUUUUGAAUGGGCACAAAAUCCGCAAAACAUCUGUCAUUGUCAUGAAUGGCGAUACAUUCAGAAUACCAGCCUCGCAGACCUUUCAGUGCAUACUUAAAUGGAGGCACGUUAAUGAAAAACACGAAAAACACGCGUCACAGCCUUCUCAAUCACAAACGCAGUCAUACAAAGUUGCUACCGUUCACCGAAGCAACAUAUUGAUUUUAAAGAGUUUCAUGCAGGACCUCGGACGAUUCCUAAUCACAUCUCACUGCCUUGGGAGUGGGAGUUAUGCCACCGUACAGCUUGCGCUUGAUACCACAGGUCACCAACAAGCCGCCUGCAAGAUUAUUAGGCGCAAGGAAGGUAAUGACCUUAGAAAAGAAAUGAAGGAGGCAACAUUGCUCAUGAACCUGCAUCACCCUAACAUUAACAGGGUAUAUGCUGUCGAUUUGGAUCCGGAAUUCCUAUACAUCAUUCUUGAACUCUGUACUGGCGGCGACCUUUUCACGUACAUCACAACGCACUCCAAGCAUCGAUUAUGCGAAGGAGAGGCAAAGUACAUCAUGUAUCAACUUCUCAAGGGCUUGAAAUACCUGCACGACCGUAUGAUCUCACACAGAGAUCUCAAGGUGAGUCCCUGUGUGUGUUUCAAAAUUUUGACUCUAUUCUGUCGUCAACAGCCAGAAAACAUUCUGCUUUUUUCACCCGGACCUUAUCCACGUAUCCAGAUUGCCGACUUCGGUCUUGCACGUCCAAAAGCUUAUCAAGAAACUUUGCAUGUUUGUGGCACCAUAUCUUAUCUCCCGCCAGAAGGUAUCCUGGCGCUCGAGCACAAACAUCUUGGCUACGUUGGCAUGCCAGCUGACUGCUGGAGCGCAGGCGUGACGCUUUUUGCUAUGUUGACCGGAAGUCACCCAUUCGACUUUGUCGGUUCUACUCAUUCUCGCAUCUCUCUUGAAGACGUCGUGGACUCUCAAGGCUUCGUCCAAUCCCAGCAUGCGACGGCUCAAGAUGAAAGAACAAAACAACGUAUUCUUGAUGGGCAGAUUUGCUUCCAUGAACCGAUCUGGGGUCCGCUUCAUGACGCCAAGAUCCUCGUCUCGCACCUUCUUGUCUCAGACCCGCAGGACCGUGCAACUGUGUACUCUGCACUCAAGAGUUGGUGGAUCUGCAUGGACCUCGAAGAGUUGGAUCAAGCGUACCGAGAGCGGAUCAGAGCGCACUUCACGUAAUUCAGUCUGCAAUACUCUGUUUUUAUUGCUCUUGUUUGUGCGUUUUUGUGACACUAGAUUUGUACAGCGCUUUCAAGUUCGUGGUAUCUGAUU